AUGUUCCCUGAUACAUUUACUAUGAUUGCAACAAUAAUUAUUGUUGUUGCACUAACACUUGUAGGUGUUAGUUCAGUUCCAGAAGCUGAUAAGAUAAACAGCUUACCAGGGCAGCCACCGGUCAAAUAUGAGCAAUAUUCUGGUUAUAUUGCAGUGGAUGAUCAGCAUCAGAGAGCAUUGUUUUACUAUUUUGUUGAAGCAGAAGAAGACCCUGCUUCUAAGCCACUAGUACUCUGGUUGAAUGGAGGGCCUGGUUGUUCGUCUUUUGGAGUUGGAGCUUUUGCAGAGCAUGGCCCUUUCAAACCGGGUGACAACAAUGUUCUUUUGAAAAAUGAUUAUAGCUGGAACAAAGUGGCAAAUAUGCUAUACUUGGAAUCACCAGCUGGUGUUGGAUUCUCCUACUCUUCCAAUACAUCUUUCUAUGUCUUAGUGACUGAUGAAAUUACAGCUAGGGACAAUCUUGUUUUCCUACAGCGCUGGUUCACUGAAUUCCCAGAGUACUCAAAUAACGACUUCUUCAUUACAGGAGAGAGCUAUGCAGGCCACUAUGUUCCACAACUUGCACAACUUAUUGUUGAAACCAAGACCAAGUUCAAUCUCAAGGGGAUAGCUAUAGGAAAUCCUCUUCUGGAAUUCAAUACUGAUUUCAACUCCAAUGCUGAUUUCUUUUGGUCCCACGGACUCAUAGCAGAUGAAACUUACGAAGUAUUCACUAGAGCCUGUAACUAUUCCACAAUAUUUAGGACACAAAUUCUAAAUGAGAAUCUUACUGGUGUUUGUGCAAGAGUAAAUAACACUGUUUUUACUGAAGUUAGCAAUUAUAUAGAUCCAUAUGAUGUCACUCUUGAUGUCUGUUUGUCGUCAAUCAAUCAACAGGCUUAUAGGCUGAAACAACUGCAAGAGACACAGAAAAUAGAUGUUUGUGUGGAAGAUAAAACAUUCGCAUACUUAAACAGGAAAGAAGUGCAGGAAGCUCUCCAUGCUAAGCUCAUUGGAGUCAAGGAAUGGUCAACUUGCAGUGAAGUUCUCCAUUAUGACUAUGAGAAUCUAGAGAUACCAACAAUUCCUAUUCUAGGGUCACUUGUUAAGUAUGGCAUCCCGGUUCUAGUAUACAGUGGAGAUCAAGAUUCAAUCAUCCCAUUAUUGGGAUCACGAUCACUAGUGAACGGAUUAGCCAAGGAACUUGGACUGAAUACAACAGUGGCUUAUAGAACCUGGUUUCAAGGAAAACAGGUAGCAGGAUGGACACAGGUAUAUGGAGACAUAUUAUCAUAUGCAACCAUAAGAGGAGCAUCUCAUGAAGCUCCCUUUUCUCAACCAGAGAGAUCAUUUGUCCUAUUUAAAGUAUUUCUGGAAGGAAAGCCACUACCAACUAUUAUCUAAAAUAUGAACAACUUUAAUAACAAUGGUGUUCCGAUCUACUAAAAACCCUUCUAAAAAUCCACACAGAAAGUGAUUAUUGCUGUUGGAUCACCU